GGAGGAUGUUGAGGAUUUGCAGGAGGAAGCACAGCCCGGAGAGCCGGAGCCUGGAGGCGGCUGUGUGCUCAGGCUCCAUCCUGCCCCCGCCUCUGAGGAUGCACCGGCUGCUCCUGCUCGGCUGCCUCUGGCUCCUGGCAGCUCCCCCGGGCUCCAGCACCUUCCAGCGGCCAACGGGGACCCCAGCCCCACUGCAGCUGCAGUACCUGCUGGAGCCCCUGCACCCCACGGUGCACACGCGGCGCGGCGCCACGGCCACGCUGCCCUGCGUGCUGCGGGCGCUGCCCCGCAACUACCGCGUGAAGUGGAGCAAGGUGGAGCCGGCCAGCUACGGCGAGAGCAUCAUCAUCAUCACCAACGGGCUGCUGCACAAGAGCUACGGGCCGCUGGGCCCGCGGGCGCGCCUGCGGCACGGCCACCGCUACGACGCCUCGCUCACCAUCACCGACGUGGCGCUGGACGACGAGGGCCGCUACCGCUGCCAGCUCGUCGACGGCCUGGAGGACGAGAGCAUCUCGCUCACGCUGCACCUUGAGGGCGUCGUCUUCCCCUACCAGCCCAGCAACGGGCGCUACAAAUUCAACUACCACGAAGCCAAGCGAGCCUGCGAGCAGCAGGACGCCCGCCUCGCCACCUACCAGCAGCUCUACAGAGCCUGGACGGAGGGUCUGGACUGGUGCAACGCCGGCUGGAUCCUGGACGGGACCGUGCACUACCCCAUCAUCAACGCGCGGGAGCCGUGCGGCGGCCGCCUCCUCCCGCCCGGCGUGCGCACCUACGGCGCCAGGGACAAGCAGAAGGACCGAUUCGACGCUUUCUGCUUCACCUCCUCUCUUCAAGGCCAGGUCUACUUCAUCCGCGGCCACCUGAACUUCAAGGAGGCGAGCCAGGCGUGCCGCAGCCACGGCGCUGCCCUGGCCAAAGUGGGGCAGCUCUUCUCCGCCUGGAAGUUCUCGCGGCUGGACCGCUGCGACGGGGGCUGGCUGGCGGACGGCAGCGUGCGCUACCCCAUCAGCACCCCCCGGCAGCGCUGCGGAGGGCUGCCCGAGCCCGGCGUCCGCAGCUUCGGCUUCCCCAGCAAGGACAGGAGCGCCUACGGCACCUACUGCUUCGUGGCGAAGUGA